AUGGCCGAAAACAUGAACCUGUAUUGGGGCUCCGGCUCUCCUCCAUGCUGGAGAGUAAUGAUAGCCCUGGAGGAGAAGAAACUGCAGGGUUACAAUCAAAAGCUGCUGUCUUUCGAGAAAAUGGAACAUAAGUCACCAGAAGUUUUAUCUAUUAACCCCAGAGGACAACUUCCUUCAUUCAAACAUGGUGACAAUAUUUUGAAUGAAUCCUACGCAGCCUGUUUCUACCUAGAGAGCCAGUUCAAGCAUCAGGGGAGCAAGCUCAUCCCAGAUGGCCCUGCUGAACAAGCCCUUGUUUACCAGCGCAUGUUUGAGGGACUCACCUUUUAUGACAAACUAUGUGCUGUUAUCUACUACGAGUGGAUUGUGCCCGAAGGCGAGAGGCUUGAGUCCGCUUUGAAGAGAAACUGUCAAGCCCUUGCCGCUGAACUCCAGCUGUGGGAGGGCUACCUGCAAAAGGCGGGAUCCUACCUGGCUGGGCCCUCCUUCUCGAUGGCGGAUGUGAUUGUGUUCCCAACUAUUGCAAAUCUUUUCAGGUUUGGGUUGCGUGCAGAGCGCUACCCAAAAGUGGCUGCUUACUACGCAAUGUUGAAGGAUCGGCCCAGUAUCAAAGCCAGCUGGCCACCUCACUGGCUGGAGAACCCCAACGAACAAGACGCACUCAAAGAAAUUUGA